UGUUUGUUCAAUGUGUUGUGGUAAUGUUUUGUGCAUGACAUCUACUUUGUUCAUAAGUUUUUGAGGUUCUUCGAUUGUUUUGUAUGUUUUAAAUGUUCCAAAUUGGUGCUGAUACUAAAUAAUCGAACAUAAACUAAUCGUACUCGAAAGUAAAAGUGAUACGAAGGAAGGAAUUGACAAAAUCUUGAGAUGGCUCCAAGAGGACGUUAUUAUCGAAGAAUGGCCGAUAAUCCACAGGAAGGCUCCAGUGGCGGUCGGAUACGGGCCCGAGGUUACGUAGGGGGAUCCUCAUCUCGGGGUGGCUACAACGGAGGAUCUUCACGAGGUGCGUGGCCAGGAUCGGACAAUGGAGGAGGCAGUUAUAGAGGUGAUCACCGGCAGAAGCCUUAUGAUCGCCCUGAACAAUCAUCGCCUAGCAUUGCAGUAAAGGAAGAGAUGUCCGCAUUGGAGUCGGAUAUCAAGAAGGAAAGGACUUACGACCGAGGGGAACGGGGUGGCCGAGGAGGUUCCCGAGGUGGCCGCGGUGGACUACGGGGAAAUCGUUACUUACCAGAAAUAGUGCAAACCCGAAAUGAUAUGUCGGUUGUCAAGCAAGGAAACUCCGGACGGCCAAUUAUGCUGCAGACCAAUUAUUUCCGAGUGCUAAAAAAGGAAGAUGAACGAAUUUUCCAUUAUCGUGUCGAUUUCAGUCCUUCGGUGGAAGCAAACAGGAAAAUGCGAGCUCUCAUAUUCCAAAUCAAGCCAUCGAUUGGCGGGUAUGUGUUCGAUGGAACGCAGCUAUUUACGCGAACAAAAUUGGAAAAAGAUCCAAUGGAGUUCACAACUAGAGACAAGAUGACGGAAGAAGAUCACAUCAUUACCUUACGAUACGUUGGUGAUGUCACAGGCACAGAUGAAAAGGCCUUCGUGGUAUUCAACCUUAUCAACCGACAUGCCAUGGCUGGCUUAAAGUUGCAACUUAUUGGACGAAGCUUCUUCGAUCCGGAAGCAAAAGUCUCAAUCCGACAGUACGGAAUUGAUCUGUACCCAGGCUAUCUCACGAGCAUCCGCCAACACGAGCAAGAUGUGCUGAUGUGUGCCGAGCUAACCCAUAGGGUUAUGCGUACCGAUACUUGCUAUUCCUUGUUUGAACAUUGCAUGAACCAGCGGGGAAAUUUCAAAGACAACUACAAACGCAUGGUGUUGGGAACGAUUGUAAUGUCCACAUAUGGCAAAAAUAACACCUAUACCGUCUCCGAUGUGGAAUUUGACGUCAACCCGGAGAGCAGUUUUGAGACCAAGAAAGGUCCAAUCACGUUCAUGCAAUACUUCAAGGAGAAAUACAAUAUCACCAUCCGGGAUCCUCGCCAACCCAUGCUGGUGUCCCGUUCGAAGGCUCGAGACAUCCGAGCCGGUCAACCGGAGCUAAUCUACUUGAUACCGGAGUUGUCCAGGAUCACCGGCAUUACCGACGAUAUGCGACGAGAUUUCCACCUGAUGCGAGCGAUUGCCGAUCACACUCGCUUGAACCCGGACAAGCGUAUCCAACGGUUGGAAACAUUCAACCGACGGUUGCAACAGUCGAAAGACAGCUCCGACGUUUUCAAGUUUUGGAAAACCGAACUCGAUCGACGCUUGGUGGAGGUUCCGGCUCGCGUCCUCCCCCCGGAAACGGUUUUCUUCCACCCCGAGCAGGAUCAGUGUAAAGUGUUGGCCGGCGAAAUGGCCGAGUGGCAGAUGGCAUUCCGUAAUAAUCCCAUGUAUCUGACGGUCGCUCUCACCAACUGGUACGUGGUGGUGCCCGGUGGAUCGGAACGGUUGAUCGUUGAUUUUAUGUCCUGCUUGAAGCAGGCCGCAUCGCAAAUGUAUUUCCAAAUUGAUGAACCACGACGCGUCUCGAUUCCCAAUGAUUCACCCGUGGUCUACGUGGAACAGUUGAGUCAGAUCGUGCAACGAGACCCCCAGCUGAUCAUGUGUUUGGUAACGAAUGACAAGGCCGAUCGUUAUUCGGCCAUCAAGAAGAAAUGCUGCGUGGACCGAGCCGUACCAACACAGGUCUUGAAGACCCGAACCAUUACGCCCAAAGGAGGAAAUGUACGUACGUUGAUGUCCGUGGCCACCAAAGUAGCGAUCCAGAUGAACUGCAAACUGGGUGGAAUCCCAUGGGUUAUCAAAAGCCCUCUGGCUUCCGUGAUGGUCAUUGGGUACGACGUAUGUAAGGAUUCUAAGGAUAGAUCGAAAGGAUACGGAGCAUUGGUUGCCUCCAUGUACGGAGGUGGCGUCAAGCAUCCAAAGUACUAUUCCACUGUUAACCAGCAUGCCUAUGGAGAGGAACUGUCCAAUUAUUUAGCCUUGAACGUUAUCAAGGCGAUCCGUGCAUAUCAGUCAAGCUUCGGAAAUAUCCUUCCGCAACGUAUCGUCAUCUAUAGGGAUGGCGUCGGCGAAGGAGAGUUGGGCUAUGUGCAUGAGCAUGAAGUCGGGGCCGUGAAGGAGAAACUGGAGGCCGCUUACAAGGCACACGAAUUUCAGUCGAAACUGACCUUUUUCGUAGUUAAUAAACGCAUCAAUACGCGAUUAUUCCAUGACAGGAGAAAUCCCACGCCCGGAACUAUAGUAGAUGACGUCAUUACACUACCAGAAAGGAACGAUUUCUACCUGGUUUCCCAGAGCGUCCGGCAAGGAACGGUGUCCCCAACGUCGUACAACAUUCUCAAAGACGAAUCCGGACUUAGUGCCGAUCGGUUGCAGUUGUACACAUUCAAGCAGACGCACAUGUAUUACAAUUGGUCCGGUACCGUCGGAGUGCCGGCCGUCUGUCAGUACGCCCACAAAUUGGCCGCCCUGGCCGGUCAGUAUCUCCACCAAGCGCCCAGCACGUGGCUGGAGAAGAAACUUUACUUUUUGUAGACCUAAGCAGAUAUCGACUAUGGUUUGUACGUUUAUGGAUGUUUUAGAUGUUUCGAAGAAUCUUAAUAAAUUGACGGUAAUGAAACGAA